AUGAGAUCCUUCUUUCAAGAUUUUAUAAAAGAUGAUGAUGGUGUUAUCACCCAUUGCAAGAUGCAUGACAUAGUGCAUGAUUUUGCUCAAUUUUUGACAAGUGAUGAAUGUGUCACUUUGGUAGUUGAUAACAAUAUUGAAGAGAAGUUGAAACUACUUGAUGAAAAGGCUCGUCAUUUGUGCUUGGAAGUAGGAGCUGGCACGGAAGUUCUUGUCAUGAAAUACAAAAGAAUGAAUCUAAAGAAUCUUCGCUCCUUACUUGUUUUGCCAUAUACAGGAACUAUUAGUGAUGAUGCAUCACUGUUCUCAGAUCUUGUAUUCAUUCGAACAUUAACUUUGAGAAGAUGUGGGAUUAAGAAAUUACCAAAGAGUAUUGGCAAUUUGUUAUAUUUGAGAUAUCUGAAUUUAUUCGGCAAUGAAGAAUUGGAAGAAUUACCAGAGACUUUAUGUGACCUAUGUAAUUUGCAAACUCUAAAUUUGUCAUAUUGCUUUUCACUUUCAAGACUACCAGAAAGGAUGGAGAAACUACUAAAUUUAAAACAUCUCUAUUUAAGGCAGUGUUUUAAAUUAAAAGGACUCCCAAAAGGUAUUGGUAAUUUGACUUGCCUUCAAACAUUAGAUAUGUUGACUAUUCCUAACUAUGAGAAUAAGAAUAAAGGAGAAUAUUUUGAUAUAGAGGAUUUAGAAAAAAUGAAGAGCCUUCAAUUUGGUAGAGGGUUUCAUAUAAAGGAUUGUGGAAAUAUAAAAAAUGUGGAGGAUGCUAAGAAAAUAGAUUUGAUAAAUAAUGACCAAAUUUCUUCUUUAAUUCUUGAUUUUGGAAGGACUGAAGACCGAAAUAAUGGAUUUGGAGAUGAUAUAAAGAUACUCGAAGCAUUGGAGCCACACCCAAACUUGAAAAUCUUAUGUAUUGAGGAUUUCAUGGGGGCCAGCUUGUCUCCACACCCCAAAUGGUUGAUGUCAUUGGUUAAUCUAAAACAAAUAAGGCUCUUCUCUUGUGUGAAUUGUGAGAUCUUACCUUCUUUUGGAAAGCUGCCAUUUCUCAAGCUGCUAUAUGUAAGUCACAUGAAUGGUGUAAAAACGUUGGGCCUUGAAUUCUAUGGAAUAGAAGAGAAAAAAGACCAAGAAGAUGGGGACACAGAAAUGGAUAGAUUGUUUAUAGAUUCUCUAUUGAUUUUAUUUCCAAAAUUAGAAAAGUUCUACUUUGGCUCCAUGGAGCAACUAGAAAAGUGGGAAUGGAGCAACAUUACAUCAACAAUAAGAAUAAUGUCAUGUCUAAUGCACUUAAAAUUUGGGAAUUGUCCGAGUCUACAAGAACUACCUCAGUUUUUGCAAACAAUAACCUCACUCAAACAAUUAUCCAUAAGUGAGUGUGAGAUUAUGGAGGAGCAUUGCUAG